AGCUGAGCUGAAAGAGAAAGAAAGACUUGAGAAAGAAGAACAACUUCAAAAAGAAAGAGCUGAGAAACAAGAGGCAGAAAGACUGGAAAAAGAACGUUUAGCUAAAGAGGAACAAAUUAAGAAAGAAGAAGAACGACUUCAACAAGAGAAAUUGGCAAAAGAAGAGGCUGAAAAACAAAGACUUCAAUAUGAAGAGGAGUUAAAAAGGAAACAAACCAUUAACAACAAACAAGCAGUGUAUUCAAACAAUAUAGUGAGAGACGAGAGUGAAUAUCGAAUGCGAGAAACUAUCAAAAUGAAACAGCAGCAACGGGAAAGUAUAACAGAAGCUGCAAAGAAGAAAGAGACUCAGCGACUGACUACAAUACAAGAAAGACUUCAAAAGGAAAUCUUACUUAGACAACAACGUGAGGAACAAGCAGAAAAGGAGAGUCUUGACAAAGAAAUAGAAGCCGAGCAAAGUCGAAGAGCGACGCCCAUCAUAUUCAAGUCGAAACCCGAGUCGAAUGUGAGGAGUCCACAGAAAAGCACCGAAGAAGAAACGGAAUCGAUGACUUCCGACCACAAGAAAAGCCUUGAAAGGAAGGAAGAGGAAGCUAAAGUCGAACAGCUGUUAGCGGAAAAUGAUCGACUUGAAAUGGAAAACAAAAUUGCUGUUAAAAAGGCUGAAGAAGAAAAAUUGGUUAGCAUGCAGUGGGAUGAAGGGUAUGAAAGUGACUCAAAUAGCCAAAGCUCACGUGUCGAAUUGAGCGAUGACGAAGACUUUGAACUUGAAGGAAUGAUCAAUAAGUCUGAGGACGAACGAAAGGAACAACUGAACCAAAUUCGAAAGAGCAGAACAACAAAGAGCAUCGACGUUUAUAAACAACAAAACGAUAUGAUGAAAGAAGUCGCGAAGGAGGAGGACGAGAGUUUGAAAGAGAACGAAGACAAGGUACGUUCUGCUGAGGACAAGAACUCACCGAAGAAUACGCAGAGUACAUCGGUCGAACAAGUCGAGAAAAACAGUGAAGACGAAAAGAAAGAGAAAAUCGAAAAGAUGGAAAGUAUAAAUCCCGUCGAACGGAUCCAAGACGAAAUCAAAAAGAGGCGAGACGUUGAUUCACUCAUGGACGAGUAUCGUGACACAAUCAGAGUGUGGAUUCGUAUGACCUGUUAUAGUGUGAAAUAUGACAGUACAAUCCAUGGGAUGUCUGCACUCAAUUUCAACUCUAAAGUGUGCGGUAAAGAGAAUAUAAUGAUCAUCGUUAUAACGACAGAAGGGUAUUCGUUUGGCGUCUUUAGUAAGAAACCAUUACCAAAAGCUCCAAAGAAAGGAUACAAAUACGUGAAAGACGAUAAAGACUUCUUUGUGUUCUCGUUGAAGUCGCCGAGUGGAAGUGAGGCAACUAUGGUGAAGAGAAAGAAGAAGGGAAAGAGUGUGUGUAUAUGGGCGAAUAACUGUCGUGCGUAUUCAUUCACUGUUAAACGAUUUAUUCGAGUCACUCCCAGCGUAGAAGGGUCACAUUUCAUUCCAAAUUUGUAUGGAAAAGAGUACAACGACACGAUGAAGAGAGGAUUUUCUUUUUACACAGGGAGUGUGAACUUCUCUGUGGAUAAAAUUGUUGCGUUACAGUGGUCAUAA